AUGGAAAAGGUAGCCUUCGCAUCUAUCUUGAAGAAGUGUAGAUACUUUGUGGAACUGGAGCCCGUCUUUGGAACCCGACAUGCUAAUGUCAGACUCGCUGCCGCGCACGGUUUACCUGCACCUACUCAAAACCUUGAAAGCGAAGUUCAAAUGGAGCGUGAUUCAAGAGAACAUUCAGUUAAUUCAAAUGUAGUUUAUGAGGAGCUUCAAAGCCGUUCUAUGCAAGAGGCUUUAUCAACAAAUGCUGUGGAAGAUGGUUUAAACAGUAGUUCCGAAGAGCCAACUAUGGAAGACUUCAUGAAUGUCUUGAAUGACAACGAUGAAAUUCCAGAUGACGGUCAAAUCCCUUACACACCCACCCCGUUCCGACCGAGAGAUUCUUUUCAAGCCCAAUCUGAGACUCAAACGACCUCUUCAUCACUCAAGCGCACAGGUUCUAGAAACUCAGUUGACUCUACUAGCGUUGGGACCUUCAGCAAAAGAAGCCGAACUUCUGGUUCGGCGUCUUCAAUCCAGGCUCUCUUACAAGGAAAUCAAUUUGGAUCAACCCCUCUACAAGCAAGUUCAAAUGUCCGAGCGGAUCCAAACCUCAAUACUUUGGAGCAACAAGCUUUUUUUAAACAUGGUCAAAGUAUGGAACGUUUGGCUCAGGUAGUUGAAAACAUGGGUAGCUCUAUUUGUGGACAACAACCGAAACAAACCGAGUUCAGCCCUGAAGAAGCAAAAAAAAAAUCUCAGAUUGAACUGGAAUUGGUUGAUGUGAAGUUAAGCAGUGAUAAGUUUGAUUUAGACUCGCGAAAGGAAAAACAUUCACUUGAGAUGAAGCAAAUGAAAGCUGAAUAUGAACAUCAACAAGUGGCACGAAAUGCUCAUCUGAUUAGUACCUUGAUGAAAGAUCAUAACCUCAGCCUUCAGGACGCAAUGCUUGCUGCGCAACACGCACAAUCGAUGAUGCAAUCGAGUUCAGCUUCAGGCUCAGGUGUUUGA